CCCAUCUCCUGGCUUUCAUGGAUCUGAGGCCACCUUUGUUGCUCUUGCUGUGGACUUUGGUGCUGGCUCUGGAUCUCUUGGUCAGGGACGUGGUGGGCCAGCAUAUCUACACCAACACCUGGGCUGUGCAGGUACCUGCCGGGCCCCAGGAAGUGGAAAGGCUGGCCAGCAAGCAUGGCUUCGUGAACUUUGGCCAGAUCUUGGGCGACUAUUACCUCCUCUGCCACCGAGCUGUGGCGAAGCGGUCGCUCUCCCCCCACCAGUCCUGGCGCAGCUCCUUGAGCAGGGAGCCCCAGGUGUACUGGCUGGAGCAGCAGGUGGCAAAGAGGCGGAAGAAACGAGAUGUCUUCCUGGAGCCGACAGACCCCAAGUUCCCUCAGCAGUGGUACCUGUCUAACGGGAACCAGCGGGACCUGAAUGUGCGGGAGGCCUGGCGACAGGGCUACACCGGCCGAGGCAUCGUCAUCUCCAUCUUGGACGACGGAAUUGAGAAGAACCACCCGGAUCUAGAAGCCAACUACGAUCCUGCUGCCAGCUUUGACGUGAAUGACCAGGAUUCAGACCCCCAGCCGCGCUACACGCAGAUGAAUGACAACAGGCACGGCACACGCUGUGCGGGGGAAGUGGCCGCGGUGGCAAACAAUGGCAUCUGUGGCGUGGGAAUGGCAUACGGCGCCAAGAUUGGAGGUGUGCGCAUGCUGGACGGAGAGGUGACCGAUGCCGUGGAAGCCCAGUCCUUGGGCUUGAGCCCCAACCACAUCCACAUCUACAGCGCCAGCUGGGGCCCCGAGGAUGACGGCAAGACGGUGGAUGGCCCCGCCCGCUUGGCCGAAGAGGCCUUCUACCGGGGCGUCAGCCAGGGUCGCAAUGGGCUGGGCUCUAUCUUCGUGUGGGCCUCGGGGAAUGGCGGCCAGGAGCACGACAGCUGCAACUGCGACGGCUACACCAACAGCAUCUACACGCUCUCCAUCAGCAGCACCACCCAGUCGGGGAACGUGCCCUGGUACAGCGAGGCCUGCUCCUCCACGCUCGCCACCACCUACAGCAGCGGCAGUCAGAACGAGAAGCAAAUUGUGACGACAGACCUGCGGCAGAAGUGCACCGAAUCACACACAGGCACUUCGGCCUCGGCCCCCCUGGCUGCCGGCAUCAUUGCUCUGGCCCUGGAAGCCAACAAGAACCUCACCUGGCGGGACAUGCAGCACCUUGUCGUGAGAACCUCAAAGCCCGCCCACCUCAACACCAACGACUGGGCUGUCAACGGGGUGGGCCGGAAAGUGAGCCACUCGUAUGGCUACGGCCUCUUGGAUGCAGGGGCUAUGGUGGCUCUGGCCAAGAACUGGACCUCGGUGGGACCCCAGCGGAAGUGUGUGGUUGAUGUCCUCCUGGAACCCAAAGACAUAGGGAAGCGGUUGGAAGUGCGCCAGCGAGUGGACGCCUGCCGGGGGAAGGCAAGCUACAUCAGCCGGCUGGAGCACUUGCAGGCGCGCCUCACCCUCUCCUACAACCGGCGAGGAGACCUGGCCAUCCACCUCAUCAGCCCCAUGGGCACCCGCUCCACACUGUUGGCUGCCAGGCCCCAUGACUACUCGGCGGACGGCUUCAACGACUGGGCCUUCAUGACAACGCAUUCCUGGGAUGAGGACCCGGCGGGCGACUGGGUGCUGGAGAUAGAAAACACCAGCGAAGCCAAUAAUUAUGGUACCCUCACCAAGUUCACGCUGGUGCUGUAUGGGACAGCCACGGACCCCCCCAGCCCCCCCAACCAGUUCGAGAGCAGCGGCUGCAAGACUUUGGCUACCAGCCAGGCUUGUGUGGUUUGCGAAGAAGGAUUCUACCUCCAUCAAAAGAGCUGUCUCAAGAUGUGCCCACCUGCCUUUGCCCCUGGCACCGUGCCCACACCUCUGGAGAACAGCCUCGAGCCCCACCUGAGCCCACGCCUCUGUGUGCCCUGCCAUCCGUCCUGUGCCACCUGCCUGGGGCCGGCGCCCACCCAGUGCUUGUCCUGCCCAGCCCAUGCCCACUACAACGUCCAGGAGCAGACCUGCUCCCACCAGACCCAGAGCAGCCGGGCCUCCCCUGCCCUGCGGGAAGGCAUCGUGCUCCCCACAUCCCCGUCCCACAUGCCCGUCCUGGUGGCCGGCCUGAGCUGUGCCUUCAUCGUCCUGGUCUUCUUCACCGUCUUCCUUGUGCUGCAGCUGCGGUCAGGGCUGCGUCUCCGCGGGGUCAAGGUCUACUCAUUGGAGAGCGGAGGCAUCGUUGCCUAUAAGGGGCUUCCGUCUGAUGCUUGGCAGGAGGGGCCAGAGGAGGAGGAGGGGGAGCGGACUGCCUUCAUCAGAGACCAGAGUGCUCUUUGAUGAGCCUGCGGCCCCCGGCACAGCAGGGGAGAGGCCGCCGUGGGGCCCUGAGUCUCUGUGCCCAUUUGCUCCCUCUCCUGGAGCUGAGC